ACUAUUGACUGUGAUGUUGUGGGUUUAGUAAGCAAAUAAACUGAAACAGAGGAUACAUGUGAUUUACAGUAAUAUUUACUGAUGAGUUACUUACUUUUACCUAACCUGGCAACAUCCGCCAACCUGUUGCCUCUUUUUGCGUACGCACGUUGGUUGCGUCGUUCAGCCGCCGCAGUCGUACACACACAGACAUCAUGGCGGACGUGUUGGAUCUUCAUGAAGCGGGAGGCGAGGACUUUCCUAUGGAUGAGGAUGGUGAUGAGAGCAUCCACAAGUUGAAGGAGAAAGCUAAGAAGAGGAAAGGACGAGGCUUUGGUUCAGAGGAAGGAGCCAGGUCCAGAAUCAAAGAGGACUAUGAUACUGUGGAGCAAGAUGGGGACGAGCCAGGCCCUCAGAGAUCUGUGGAGGGCUGGAUCCUGUUUGUGACAGGUGUACAUGAAGAGGCCACGGAGGAAGACAUCCAUGACAAGUUUUCAGAGUUUGGAGAAAUCAAGAACCUGCAUCUCAACCUUGACCGCAGAACAGGCUACCUCAAGGGAUAUGCACUGGUGGAGUAUGAGACAUACAAAGAGGCCCAGGCAGCCAUGGAAGGGCUCAACGCUCAGGACAUGAUGGGCCAGCCUAUCAGUGUUGACUGGGGAUUUGUCAGAGGGCCCCCCAAGAACAAGAGGAGGACUGGCGGCCGGAGACGCAGCAGAAGUCCAGAUAGGAGGCGGCGUUGAGUUUAGCAAUUGUCAUUGGCUUGAGGAGGGCACUUGACAGGCCGUUUAUAAUCCUCUCACCCUCUUAUAAGAAAAUAAUUUUUGUACAAUAUUUUGAGUUACUGUUGUAUUGCAUCGAAUUGUGCAAAUUCAAAUAUUGGGAUAUGGAAUUAUUCUCUUCUUCAGAAAUGAAUAACAAAAUCUAUUGGCCUAAAUGCAGCAUUUUCAAUUGCUUAUGCUGCUUUACAAUUCACCAGAAGGAUAUCCAUUCAGCUCUCAGUGAAACUAUGGUUUAACAUUUAACACCAACUUGUAUGUAGUGCAUGUUUAUGGUUCUCUCAAAAUGUUUCGGUUUUCUCAAUGUGAUGUGCAUUUUGUUGUUUUGUUUUAUAUUACUUGGGGAAAAUUAAACUUUUAA